AUGAGUUCAACACUUAGAGCUGACUAGAUUAUUUACUUUGGAACUUCAAAUACUCCAUAAAUUCAAUGUAGAUUUCAUGAGGACUAUUAUAUUCAAAACUUUUGCAAGAAACAAGAAUGCAGUUUACCUUUGUGUCCUGAAUGUAUUAAAAUUCAUUCUGAAGAACAUGAACAAGAAAGAGUAACGAGUGAUAUUGAUUUGUUCUCUAAUUGCCUCACUGAAUAAUAUAAUAAAUCAUUAGAAUAUCUUAACCUUUGGGCAGCCGAUGUCUAAGAAUCCAGCAAUUUAUCAGAAGAGGUUUAAAAAGCAUAAGAAUUCUAAAUCUAAAAGUAUCAAGAAGCAAAGAAACAAUUUUAUAAGAUUGUAGAUGAUUACUUUAAGAUGCUUGAAUAGUAAAUAAUCAAUGAAACUUAAAAAUCGACUCAGGAUUUAAUUAAAUUGGUAAGAUCAAGACAUAGAAUCGAGUAUUUGGAAUGGAAAAAUUAACAUGAAAAUUUAAUAAAACUCAAUUCAGAAAAGUGUUUGCCUUUUUUAAUCAAAAUAUAUUCAGAUCCAAAAUAAACCCCUUAAGCAAUUUAUUAGAGGAAUCAUUAGGAACAUGUUGAAUAAUUAAACAAAUUAAAAUUAAACAUUAGACAAGUGGUUGUUAAUGAUAAUCUAAAUUAAAUCCUUGCCUUGUUGAAACAGUAUAUUUAUUUAACCCAAGCUGUAUAAGAUUCAUAAAUUCAACAAAUACAAAUUACAAACACUGUUCAACCUAUUGUAUAAGUUUAACCAAUAGUAUAAACUCAACCUAUAGUGCAAACGUAACCAAUUGUGAAUUAAGCAAUAAAUUAAAACAAAUACCAAUCAAGAGUUUUAUAACCUUUUAGUGCCAUUAGAGAGUACACACCUUUAUAACCAGUUUUAUAUCAAUAACCUCCAAUAAUUCCCAUUGACCCUCUCUAAAUUUAUCCAUAGCAGUUUUAUCAUCCAAACCCAGUUUUAUAAGAACCAAUGCCAAUGAAUUGGCCAAUUGUGCCUCUGUAGUAAUCGACUCCCCCUUAAAUCAUAAGAUCCCCCUAAAAGCUUGUAUCUUCAGUUGCAGAAGCAGGGAUUUUGAAUGGACAAUAGAGAGAGACGAUGGCAUAACGAUAUUAUGAUACGAUGUUAAAAAAUGAAAUAAAAUGA